UUCCUGUUUUCGUUUACAGGUCUGUAAAAGUACGGAAAAGCAUAGAUGUACAUCUAGUGAGCGUGUGGGUGUUUGACUGGAUGCUACACGUGUAAAUCUUCCUCUAGACCAAAUACUGUUGUUGGAGCCAUAUGAAGCAGGAUUAUUUGGGAUCUGGAGCCAUCGUGGAGUUUGCAUUCAGAGCGAAGAGCUGCUGAACUCAGCGACCUGAACCAAUAUAACCUCAAAAUGAACGUCAAUGAAGACAAAUCCAAGACCACAAGCGAGCAGCAGGACCUGUCAACUAGAGGCAAGACGGAGAAGCAAAACCCCAAACACGUUGGUCCCACAGAUCAACAGAUCCAUAUGGGAGGAGAGGUUUCAAGGCUGGAUCACUGUCAGCAAUGUAACCAAGCCUUCACUAGACCUUCACAGCUAAAGCUUCAUCAGAAAGUUCACUCUAGGGAGGGCCCAUAUAGCUGUGACCAGUGUUCCAAAGCUUUUCCUACAAGAGGUAACCUUAAGACCCAUCAGGAAAUCCAUACGAGGGCACAACUGUACACCUGCAACAAAUGCCAAGCAACUUUCCACAGUUCACAGGCUUUUAAACUCCAUCAACGUGCUCACAGUGGAGAGAAGCAUCACUCAUGUGACAAGUGUGGAAAAAUGUUCUCUACAUCCUCAGUUCUAAAAAAUCAUCAACGCAUUCAGACUAAAGAAAAACCUUAUUCAUGUGAAAGUUGUGGAAAAACGUUUUCUAGGUCCUCAACACUGGAAAUACACCAACGCAUUCAUACUGGAGAAAAACCUUAUUCAUGUGAAAGCUGUGGAAAAGCAUUUUCUACAUCCUCAAUUCUAAAAAUACACCAACACAUUCAUACUGGAGAAAAACCUUAUUCAUGUGAAAGCUGUGGAAAAACAUUUUCUACAUCCUCAAUUCUAAAAAUUCACCAACGCAUUCAUACUGGAGAAAAACCUUAUUCAUGUGAAAGCUGUGGAAAAACAUUUUCUACAUCCUCAAAGCUAAAAGAACACCAACGCAUUCACACUGGAGAGAAACCUUACAUUUGUGAUCAGUGUGGAAGCUGCUUUGCUACGUCUUCAAGCCUAAAACAACACCUACGGAUUCACACCGGAGAAAAACCUUACAAGUGUGAUCAGUGUGGAAAAGGGUUCUCUCAUUCCAGCAACUUAAACGCCCACCGGAAUAUUCACACAAGAGAAAGACUUUAUUUCUGUGAACUCUGUGGAAAAACGUUCUUUACAUCCUCAACCCUACAAAAUCACCAACGUAUUACACACUGGAGAAAAACCUUCUUUUGUCUCCUCAGCCUAAAACGUCACGAGCAUGUUCAAAUUUGACAGCACCUUCAUUGUGUGGAAAUACCUUCAUCAUAUCCAGCAGCACAGCAUUAGUUGUAUUAGUCUAUAGGAAAAAAACUUGGAUGUAGAGGAGAAUUAAUCAAUCUUAAAUGUAGACAACAUACUUUAUGCACACAGGACGAAAGCAUUAUGGAUGUAAAUGAGAAGGGUUUUCCAAGAUAUAAUUGCUUGCAAGGACCCUGGCUAACUCACACUUUGAAUGAGCAACUCGAUACAUAAAUGUCAGAGACACCAUUAUAGUUGCCACAAGUACCGAGGACACUGAUUGGAUUUGUACACAGGCCACAGAAACAAUACUUACAACCAGACACCCGGAACGAGUCAGGCCUAAAAUAUUUACAAUGGUGGACCUGGUCACAGACAUAGGACUGUUCAAACAUACAGGAUGAAGGAAAGUCUCAAAGUCUAUUUAUUGUAUAAAACAUCAGAUAUGUACAGGCGUCUUCUAAACACUGCGACUUAUCAGUUCAUCAGUUCAGUUCUCCAGAAAUUAACAACCUCUGUGGCGGCUUCAUGAUACUGUUCAAUUCCAGUCUUUUCUCUGUUUCUGUGUGAUGUCAACCAUCAAAACAAAGAAGGUCACAUGUGCAUGUGACUUGACUACUACAUUACAUUGAUUACACAUUGAUUACUACAUGGCUGUGUUAUGGGAAAAAUAUUUUUUUCCUUAUUCUAUGCAGUUAUUAUAUGAUUUAUGACUAAUGUUCUGCAAUUAAUAUUUCUUUCUGUCUUACAUCUGUUUUAUGUAUUUGACAUUUCACCUAGAUUGUUCAAUGGUUGUCUCUGCCUGAUGGACUCUAGCUCCCAAACCCAAGGCCAGGGAGCUGGGUUUUUCUGUCUGUUGAGACUUAGCACUCCUUCCUCUCUGAUAGUUAGACGCCAGUGAUGCAGGUGUGAGAAUGUAAACAUCUCCACACACAGCGACAGGGAUGAGAUGGUGCAUGCAGUCUGAUUGGGCUACACAGACAUUCCACCCUAGUCGGACAGAGAGUUAAAAGGCAGAAGCAACUUGAGGAUCCCGGUCCCCCCCGAACUUUGGUUUGUUGAGGUGCACGAUCAACAUCCAUGUUUUUGAUUUGCUUUCCCUAUUAUUUUUAUUUUCCUUUAUUUUCAUAAUAAAUCACACAAAAGACAACUCUCUCAUCUGCCUCUUUAUGAGAAAUUUCCACCUAAGACGAUACAGUCUUCAGGAAACGACUGAAAGGGUUUUAUUAGAGUUGUUGCAAUAAAUUGUGAGAAUAAAGAUAGAAUCAAAAUCUAAUGUUCAUUGUCCACAACAUUCUGAAAUAAAUAUUUCAUCCAAAUGCUA